AUGGCUCCCCAGAUCGAAUCCGAAUAUGUGACAUUGGUGUCGCGUGAUGGAUUUGAGUUCAUCAUACCUCGUAGCGCAGCUUGUGUCUCAGGCACAAUCCGGGCUAUGUUAGACCCCGCCAGCAGAUUCUCGGAAGCACUCACCGGGAGAUGUGUUUUAGAGGAACUGAGUGGCGUCAUCCUCGAGAAAGUCUGCGAAUACUUCAUCUACAAUGAGAAACACAAAGACCAAUCCAACGUGGCCGAUAUGGAUAUACCACCAGAGCUAUGCCUGGAGCUCUUGAUGGCGGCCGACUACCUGGACACUUGA